AUGAACAGCUACUAUCAGAACGGACCUGCGGUGGUCGCUGCUCAAUCGACAGACUCUGACAACCACGCUGGCUUUGGGGCUCUUAGGUUCAUGCAAGACAUGUAUCAGCAGCGCAACGAUCAUCUACAGAGCAGAGAACAACACACUCAACACCUCAGCAGAACUUCGCUCCACCAUCCAUCUCAGCAUCGCAACUAUUCCGGCCAAUCCUCAUCGCAAGAUGCAAGCUACGGCGAGUAUCAUGAACAUGCCAUGAUGGAACGUGAACAUGCCAUGAUGGAACGUGAACAUGCCAUGAUGGAUCGUGAACAUGCCAUGCUGGAUCGUGAACAUGCCAUGAUGGAUCGUGAUCCAUACCAAGUUGACUCUUCUUACGAAUAUAACACCAGCGGAAGCUCUCGGCACAACCAGCAUCAUCAGCAUCAUCAGCAUCACCAGCAUAGUCGCAGUCAGAAGACUCGACAUGAACAUCACUAUCAUCAGCAGCAUCAACAUCAGCAGCAGCAACGCCGAUAUUAUUCUCACCGAAGCAAUACCAACACCGAAGCACCAGCGAGCUCUUCAGCAUCGUCCGUUCGCAAAGGCGCUGCAUCAUCGAAGAAGGUGCUUAGAUCCGACACCAUCGAGUCAUCCACAUCGGACUCAACAGCUGGGCUGGCCUACAAUCGCAGUGGUGACAGCCAAAUCUCACCUGCUGGAUCUUCCGACGCUAGUCGCGGCGCGCCAAUACCCUCGAUCAAGGUAGCAGACCGUACCACCAUCUACGAAGACGAUUACGAAGAGCCCUUCCACGCUGUGACGACGGACACCAUGCCUCGUCCCGCAUCUCCGGCUUCAGCUACGUGGCGCGACGUGUCAACUGAUGUGUCUUUCACCAUUGCUCGGGCAACGGUGCUAGAACCAGACCUGCCCAAGGCCAAAUGCGCCGACUGUGGAGAGAAGCUCGACUUUGAGGAGCUGGAAAAUCACACGUGCCAGCCUGCGGAUACGACAAGACCACCUCUGCUCACGAUCCAAGUUCCGAGCAGCUCGACACCUUCGUCAACUUCAACAUCCCCUGCCCUGACGACCCCGCGCUCGCCCUUUUUUGACAGAUACGACACACUUGUCAAUGAUGCUGGACCCCUGAGUCCCGCUCUGUUUGGGACAGUGACAUUGACGACGAAACCCAAAGCUGUUGACGAAGACGACGAGACUCCAAAAGCGCAUGCCGUUCGAAUUGUUGGAACGCAAGCGGCAAUCAAGGUGACCCAUGUCAAAGCGUCGACGCAAGCUGAUGGACCAACGCCACAUCCUCCGCGAAUUCCGCCACCUCUGACAUCUCCUGUGAUUCAGAGGUCUGCAAGCGACGCAGCAUCGGCCAGGCGCAAGAUGAUCGAACGGCAGAGGGAAGCCAAGAGAAAAGAGACCAUGGCCUCUCCUAUACCCAAAGCUGCGACCAUGUCUAGUCUUUCCGAGCAAGCAAGAUCCAAGGCAGUCGGCGGCUCCGAGAAAAGGCCAAGCAGAGGCGCAUCUGGCUCUUCUGCAGUGACCAAGCGCGCACAUGCGCCUUAUGCGUCCGAGAGCCAGCAUGCAAAAACGGCCUCCUCGUCUUCACUCUCUUCAACAAGCACCAACUCUUCUGAGCGCAUGGGCCUGUCGAGCAAACAUCCGUCGCAAAGCAGAGCCGGGGCUUCGGGCUCGUAUACGACCAACAUCACACCGAGCUCGAGCUAUGAACGAAUCGAGGAGGGCGUGAUGAAAACAUCGACGGAUUCGGGGCUCUUCAAGCAGACUCGAGGACGCGGACGCGUCGAUCUGAGCAGCAUUGAAGAAAUGAUGAAGGGCUUGACAGAGGCCCCUGAGCCGCUGGAGAAGACUUUGACGGAGGUGUCGCAGCGAAGGCCGAGCCAGACUUGGGAGACAAAGACUGAAGCUACGAGCUCUCAGGGUCCUAGCAAGACGGACCGAGAGCUGGAGUUGGAGUUGGAGCUGGAACGUCUACGUGACAAGGAGCGUACAAGGCAGCUGCAAGCGCAACGACUCAAGGACAAGAGGAAGAAAGGACGAGCGGCGAAACGGUGCUGCAUCUGCGACUGCUCGCUCUCAUCGAGUCGAACGCCCUUUGUCGAGCGCGAUGGCAAGUUCCUUUGCGCCCGCGACUGGAAGGAGCUCUACCUGCCCAAAUGCCGCAAGUGCAACUUGAGCGUUGAGAAGGGAGCUGUCAAGUCGUCGGAUGGUGCUCUGCGAGGAGUCUUCCAUCGAAGCUGCUUCUCGUGUGCAGCAUGCGAAGCGCCCUUCGCCGACGGCAGCUUUUACGUCUACAACAAUCAGCCGUACUGCUCUCGUCACUACCACCGGCUCAACGGAAGUUUGUGCCGCGAGUGCGAGAGCGGUAUCGAAGGUGAUUGUCGACAGACGGACACAGGCGAUCGAUUCCAUCCGCAAUGCUUCAGCUGCCAGUAUACCUCCAAGAAGGGCGCAUGCCUCGAGCCGCUCGCUGAUUACUAUGUUGUCGGUGGUCAGCGGCUGUGCGAACGACAUGCUGCCAGAGUCGGACGACGGCUCGCCAAAGCAGGCCAGAAACUGCCUGAUCUCCGUGCUCAGAAGCGAAUGACAAUGCUUCACAGUCUGAGAUAG